GCUGUCGUUCACACCUCGACCAAGUUCCAGAUGAACGACCAGCGCUUCACCUUGAACCCGUUCGGGCAGCUCACGCUCACGGCCGAAGACCGCGCGAGGCUCGUGGAGAUCACGGAGGAGAUCAUCGUGGCCAAGUUCGAGGAAUACGAGGAGCACCUGAACAUCGGCAAGCAGGUGGACCUCAAGCGCUGGAAGAAGUUUGCCAAGUCGGGCCCCACGACGUCGUACCUCGAGCGAAAGUCGUCGAGUCCCAACUCCAAGCUGCCGCAGCUGCUCAUGGUAGGGCCGCUGCCCGGGUCCCUGGACGAAAACAUGUUCGGCAUCGUCAACCCGACGAUCGAGUCCAUGCGGAUCAAGUCUUCGUAUCUCAACGACUUCAACGCCGCGGCCGUGCUGGCUUCGGUCGUUGAGCCGACGGUGGACGACCCGUUCCGCUCCGUCGUAGUCAAGUGGAUGGAGAUCGACAUCCCCCUCGCGUCCAUCGGGUUGGUCCGCAACCGCGACUACGUGUACGUCGAGAGUACGGGCAUCCUCCACCUCAAGAACGGCGAGCGGGUGGGCUAUCACUUGUUCCACUCGGUCACGUUCCCCCAGAUCCAUGAGCUGUCCAACCGCGUGCGCGGCAACAUGUCGUUCUGCGGCAUCUUCCACCAGGAAGGUCCCGACAGGACGGACUGCCGCGGUACGGGCAUCAUGGACCCGGGUGGUGACAUGAUCCGUGCUAUGGCUGUCAUGGGCAUGGUGCAGGCCACGAUGGCCGGCUUGAAGUACUCGUACUGCGGGCAGAUGAAAAAGCUGGCGUGGCUGCUGGAGCAACGGCAAGGCGAAGCGCGCGAGAAGGGAACGCCAGCCUUCAAGCCGUUCUGCGUGACGUGUACCAAGGGAGUCAAGCAGUCGAAGCUUGGAGGCGCGGUCAGGACGUGCAAGUUGUGCUUCGGCGCCGUGUGCAGCUCGUGCAAGAUCGUCAAGAAGCUGAGCUUCAUCGCGCCGGAUCUGACGCUCGCUCAGCACAAAGUGACGUUCUGCGUGAAAUGCGUGGUGGAGGCCACUCAGAUGGACACGCAGGAGGCAGCACGAGAGCAGUUUGUCUACAAGAAGUCCAUCGCGCCACCGAUGUACGGCAUGUCGGUCGGCUCCGAGAUGAGCACGUGCUCGGAAAGCACCAUGACAGGAUACUCGGGUAGCGUUGAGCGCUUCUAG